AUGUCUAACAAAGAAUUACUUUUACGUGUUGAACACGUGAAAUAUCGUAUGCCAGGUGCGGCUAAAUCACCUGUUGGAACAUUUUGUGUUUACGAAGAUCGCGUCGAGUGGUUGGAUAAUGCCUCGGAUGACAAGCUUGUCGUUCUUUUCAAUGAUAUUAGAGGACAGCGAAUCUCUCCACCAAAUAAAUCGAAAACGCAGCUCCAAAUAUGUAAGCAUAAUGAAGAACAAGCAACAUUUGUUUUUGUUAAUCCACUUGGGAAGGAGGCAAGUUUAAUGCAUGUGAAGGAUCGAGAUUUGGUAAAAGAAAUGUUACAACAGGCACUUAUACAUCACAGACAAAUUAUUAGUCAGAAUGCUGCGCAGUCGCUAAAGUAUAGUAAAACGAAAGAACUAGAAGCAAAGAAAAAGAUUUUAGAGCGCAACAGGCAUUUGCAAGAAUUAUACAAGCAUUUGGUUGCAUCGAAACUGAUAUCUGCUCAAGAUUUCUGGAGCGAAUAUUAUCAAAAUAAAGAUGCAGAUGGUGGCAAAUUAGGUGUGUCGAGUGGAUUUCUGAGCAGUAUUGCGCAAUCCGAAGGCACGAACGGAGUCAAGUUAAAUCUCAAUGUUGAUACAAUUCAGAGUAUAUUCAGAACUUAUCCAGCAGUAGAAAGGAAACAUCUGGAACUAGUACCGCAUGAAAUGACAGAACAAGAAUUUUGGGCCAAGUUUUUUCAGUCACAUUACUUUCAUCGUGAACGUGAGGUAGCGCCUAGUCCAUCCGAUCCAUUUUCGGAUUGUAUUAAAGCAGAUAAUGCAGAAAUGGGUAAACUACUCGAUACGAAGAUUGCUCAUAAAAGUCUCGAUUUUUCGUACAUCCAUGAUGAUCCUUUAAUUAGCAACAUAUCAUCUUUAUCGCAAUGUGCUUCGUCUUCAAAAGAUAUCUUGAUGAGAAGAUUCAAUUAUCAUUCAGAAAGAGUUUUGCUUACUACUGCCGAAAAUGAAGUGCCAACUGUUGCUGAUUUGGAAGGACAAACGCAUGAAGAAAACACAAAAAUGCAUAAACGGAAAUCAGAAGAAGAAAAUGAAAUAAUAUUAGAAAGUGAGGAGCUAAGGUCAGAUAAGAGCGAAGAACAGUUAGACCAUAUUUCAUUCGCAGUUGGCAGUGUGCUUAAAUCAACAAAAUGUUAUACUGAUGAACAGGCACAAGCUUAUCGAGAUACUGUGCUAAGAGUAUGCGAAGCUAUGGCGGAGAAUGAAGAUUAUGAUGAGGAUUUAAAGGACGAUUCGGAUAAUGAUUAUGAUGAUCUCUUAAGAUUAGCCACUGCUGGUACAAAAGCUAAGAAUGCUACAGAAUUGACUCCAACGGACUUGGUUGACUUACAAGCAAUCCAUGAUUCUGUUGCGGAGCUACUAAAGCACUUUUGGAUGUGUUUUCCGCCUACGAAUCCUGAGAUGGAUGAAAAACUAACAAGGAUGAAUGUAACUUUGCGAAGUUUUGAAGAAAAAAUCACUUCAGCGGAAGAACGAUUUGGAGAAAAAAAUGUGAGUGAAUUAUGA